GAAAUCGGGAGAGUUGGGUGCGGCGGCGCGCCGAAGAGCUGUGGGGCCGGCUUCUGUUCUGACAAGAUGGCGUCCCUUCUUCAGUCAGACCGCGUCUCCUACCUGGUGCGCGGCGAAAAGGAGAUCCGCAUGCCGCUUUCGCAGCUGUAUUUCUGCCGCUACUGCAGCGAGCUCCGGUCCCUCGAGUGUGUCUCGCAUGAGGUGGAUUCUCACUAUUGUCCCAGCUGCUUGGAGAAUAUGCCUUCAGCUGAAGCCAAGCUGAAAAAAAAUAGGUGUGCUAACUGUUUUGAUUGUCCUUGCUGUAUGCACACCCUUUCUACUCGAGCAACAAGUAUUCCUGCUCCAUUGCCUGAUGAUCCAGCUAAGACUACAAUGAAAAAAGCUUAUUAUCUGGCCUGUGGAUUUUGCCGCUGGACAUCCAGAGAUGUUGGCAUGGCAGAUAAAUCAGUUGCCAGUGGAGGUUGGCAGGAACCUGAAAAUCCUUAUACACAAAAGGUUAAUAAACUGGUGGAAUACUAUCAACAGUUGGCUCAGAAGGAGAAGAUGGAAAGAGAUAGAAAAAAAUUAGUUCGCCGUCGACCAUACAUGCCACUGGCUUUUUCGCAACAUACUAUACAUGUAGUGGACAAAUAUGGCCUUGGAACCAGGCUCCAACGUCAGAGGCCUGGGGCCCCUAUCAGCGCCCUAACUGGACUUUCGCUAAAAGAAGGGGAAGACCACAAGGAGAUAAAAAUUGAACUAGCUCAGGCUGUGGAAGAAGUAGAACCUUUACCUGAGGAUUAUUACACAAGGCCAGUCAAUCUAACAGAAGUGACAACCUUAAAGCAGCGCCUCCUGCAGCCAGAUUUUCAGCCCAUUUGUGCUUCUCAACUUUACCCACGUCAUAAGCACCUUCUGAUCAAACGCUCACUGCGAUGCAGGAAAUGUGAACAUAAUUUGAGUAAACCAGAGUUCAACCCCACAUCGAUAAAAUUCAAAAUUCAAUUGGCUGCUGUCAAUUACAUUCCAGAAGUGAGAAUCAUGUCUAUUCCCAAUCUGCGCUAUAUGAAGGAAAGUCAAGUUCUUCUAACUCUAACCAAUCCAGUGGAAAACCUUACCCAUGUGACCUUAAAAGAAUGUGAGGAAAAUGAUCCUGAGGAUAUUAAUAGCACUGCAAAGGUGAUGGUUCCUUCCAAGGAACUAAUCUUGGCUGGCAAGGAUGCAGCAGCAGAAUAUGAUGACUUGGCAGAAUCUCAAGAUUUUCAGGAUGACCCUGACAUCAUAGCUUUCCGGAAGGCUAACAAAGUUGGGAUAUUCAUCACAGUUACUCCACAGAAAGAAGAAGGAAAAGUUACCGUAAGCUUUAAGAUGAGACAUGAAUUCAAAAAUCUUGCCGCUCCAAUCCGCCCCACAGAGGAAUGUGAUCAGAGUUGUGAAGUCAUUUGGCUCACCCAUCAUGUGGAGCUUAGCCUGGGCCCCCUGCUUCCUUGAAGUUUGUGUUUUAAUUGGUUGCUAAAUGAUAGUUGCCUGUUAUACUGUGCUUUGAAAAUGCAUUCUGAUAAAAUGCUGGUUCUACAGAGAUGCCUUGGAAAGUGAAAUUUCAGCCAAAAAAGGUAGAGUUGAAACAGAAAAAAGAUACUUUUUUUCCCUCCUUCUCUUCAUAUUCAUUACAUGAAUUAGUGAUUCUGUCACUAUACCACAUGCGUAGUCAAUGUGACAGUACAGGCUUAGUGUGCAUGAUUGUAGUUAUCUUCUAUCUUCCUUAAAAAAAAGUCACACACUAGUUCCUUGCAAAACCUUUUACUAGCUUUCCUUGCGCCAAUUUAACCAAGCUAGAUUUGGACAAAAUCUCUUUCCUUCUCUGGUGCAUUUUCUGAUAACUGGAUUACUGAUAGUAGUAAUUACGUCAACUAGAUUUUUCAGUAAAGCAAUAAUCAGCACAGCAGCAUGACAUGUCUUGCUUUCACGAUCUGUCAGCCAUCUCAAAUAUUAACUGCUAAGUUAAUAUUUUUAUUGUACCAUUUGUGGCAUUUCAUUGUUUUGUUAUGGACAAUUCCUGAAAGGAAGACAAUUAAGAAACUAGCACAUGAAUCAAUACUAUAUCGUUGGAAGAUUUAACUUCUUAGGCUGGAGAAUGCUUAUUUAAAGGAAAUGCAAUUUAGAAUACUUGUAUUUGCUGAUGUAUUGCAUUUAUUGAAGCAAGAAUCCAAUUAGGAGAAGCACUAGUGUUUUUGUUAAAUUAUUCCUUUAGGAACAGGAUAUUGACCAAAGAUAGCUCAUUAUGAUUUUAAUUACAUUUAGUAUGUAAAUUUGAACUUUUAAGACCUCUUGGAAAAGUAGCUACCAUCACUACCGUGCAAUUUUGCACCAAAGGUAUAAAAUCUUAUUCUCCUAUUAUAAAGUAUAAUUCCUAAGUUUUGGGUCUUGAAUUUUAAUGAUUUAAAAUUUAAUAUUGUAGCACUGCAUACACAUUGUAUGUAAUGGGAAAGUGAAAAGAUCUGAUUGCAGACUGGUGGCCAUGGGCACUCAUUACAGUAUGAAUAUUUAUCAUGUAGUCCAAGAUUGGAAUGGAGAAGAUGAACAGAAAUGUAUAAUUGGAAGAUGUACUUAAGGCCCUUGGAAAUAUAUUUCUAAUUUGUUAGAAAGUAUAUUUAAACAGUUUUAAUUUGUUUAGCACUAUUUAAAUAAAAGUUUCACCUUUGUAUUUUGUGCAAUUGAUGUAAAAAAAGUUUGAUGUAGAUUAUAUACAUUGUGCAGCAUGAAUUUAAGGCAUCUAGGCAAUAUCUAUUCAAUGUGUAGUACAAUAUUAAUGUCUGCUGCUCUCAAAUUUAUACAUUAUGAUUUAACUCCCCACGCUAAUUAAAAGUCCAAUUAAUAAGCUAAUAUUGUAAUGAACUAAUAUAUAUUUAAGAUUUCUUGUAAACACAUACAAAGUUGGGACAUACUUGAAAAGUCUUUUCUCCUUUUAACCUCUUAGAAUAUAGGAAUACUUGUACAUAUCCCACUUCACAUAUCUGUAAAAAUAUCUCACUGGAGGGACAUUCUGCCUUUAUCAGUAUUAGGAUAACUGUGUUGCCUUAUUGUAUAAUUUAGUGAACUUCAAAUAAAAUAAGCAGACAAAGCUGCUUUCAUGUAUUUUUCCUUUAUCAUAUUUAAGAUUUUUCUGUCAUAUUUGUAUGACUAGAAGUAACUACGGUAGCCUACAUUUCUUUUGGCAAUGCUAGCAUAACAUCAUGAUUUGUAAUACUGGACCAAUAAAUUACUUUUGCACAUCUUUAACAAGGCAUGCAAAAGUCCCAACUUUUGAAUUACAGAUAGUCCUUGAAUUACGACUACAAUUGAGCCCAAAAUUUCUGUUGCAAAGUGAAACAUAUGUUAAGAGAGUUUUGCUCCAUUUUAUGACCUUUUCUGCCACAAUUGUUAAGUGAACAAUUGUUAAUGUAGUUGUUAAUUUAGUAACCAGGUUGUAAAGUGAAUCUAGCUUCCCCAUUGACUUGGCUUGUCAGAAGGUGCCAAAAGGGGAUCACAUUACCCCGGGACACUGCAACUGUCAUAAAUAUAAACCAAUUGCCAAGCAUCUGAAUUUUGAUCACCUGACUAUGGGGAUACUGCAAUGGCUGUAUGUGUGAAAAAUGGUCAUCAGUCCCUUUUUUCAGUGCCAGUCACUAAAUGAACUGUUGUGGGUUGAGGACUACCUGUACUCCAUAAAAAGCGGAAACUUGUGCGGUUUUUUAACAUUCACAAAUGUGAAUCUGAUCAAUGCUGCUUCUAUAAAAAAGGUUAAUUGAAACUAUUAUCUAACUCGCAUUACUAUCCUUUGGUUUCACUUGUGAAACAUGUAUUGCACUUAUAGGCAUGAUUAGAGUAAGAUUAGUUGAAAGCAUUCAUCCAUCUUAUGUACAUCCCACUCAUCUAACCAAUAAGAAAGCAAAUAGCAAACACUAUUUUAGUAAAAUUAUUUACUUUUUUCUGUGAAAAUCUAUUUUGUGGUGAUGUCUGUUGUGAAAACACUUCUUGCAAGUAGAAAUGUUAACUGUCCUUUAGCAAAUUAGAACUGAAAUUAAAGUGCUAUGCCAAAUGCUUUGUAGCGGCAAUCAAAAGGGUAAGACUGGCAAUAGGCAGGAACUGAUAAAUGCUAUAGAACUACUAGGGUGUAUUUACUUCGAACACAAGACAGCUGAGAAUUGGGGCUCUAUAACACAAUGUGUUCUCGAGGGAUAAGAGUAGACCACACAGAAGACCUAGCAAAGAUCUUUAGAUGAGGUCUUGGGAAUGCUCUCAAUUCAGAACCAGCACCAACAGCAAACAGCACUGUAGAUAAAUAAACUUCUAAACAUAUCAGUGGGCUAUAGAAACAUUUAGAGUUCUUGUAUAGAGUAAUUUACAAUAUAAUACCAUAUAUUUAAGACUCUAUAACUAACUCCCAGGUUCUCCAAAUUGUUCAUUUGCAAUUGAUAUUUAUUCUAUUCCACCAAGAUCAUAGGUUUUUAAAAACUUCAAAAAUAACUUCCUGAUAAUUAAUUUUCAUAUUAUUUCUCUUCCUGCCACCUGCCCAUAUGGUACAACGAAAAACCUUGAGAUACUUGGCAUAGGGUCUGUUAACAAAACAAAAAUUCAGAAUGCUUUGGAUUGUGUUUUGUCCAAGAUGAACAGAAAAUUUUGUCUGCCAAUUAUGUUCUAAAUUUAAAUUUUGUCUGCCAAUUACGUUCUAAAUUUAAAAACUGCCAUCUAUUUUAAAAUCCUUUCAACCUUAGAGCUGGAGGAUAAAUCAAGUUGUAAAAAAAUAUUAAUAAAAAAUGGAGUACUGUAAAGCAUUCUUCAUCUGAAGAAUUAUACUAGGCAAUAACACUGAAAGCUAGUGUCUGAUUCUAAGAAAACAUUUGCUGAAAAUAGCAUCUGCAAAAUAUUUCUGAAAGCCAUCAUGCACCUGGGCCGCGGAGGUGGGCAGUCUGAGUGGAAAUAAAUUGCCUGAAUUGCCAAAUCUGAAUUUUAUGGCUGUGUGUUUGGGACCAUAUUUAUUUGUAAUAGAAUGUAUUAGUUUCCAUAUACCAAUUAGACUUUCUAAAAGAAAAAUAAUAGAGGUCGUUUGAUUUUUCACCACAUCAACACAUUAUUCUCUCACUGAGAAUAAUAUGACUAUGCUUUAUAAUUUUCAGGCAGAUUGAUUGUAUAAAUCAAGAGCAUCCAUUAGGACUUCUAUCACAGGCUUUUUACACAGAAGUUGGUGUUCGGUGUUUUAUGCAGAGUUUCAAUUGGAUCUCAAGUAAAAAUCAUUGAUCUAUACAGAUCUAUACCUUGGAUCCACAUUUUUGUUUUGCAAUGAGUCAAUGCAAAACAAAAUGCAAUUUCAUAUGAUGGCUUGUGCAGACAGCUGUGAUUUCAUGAUGGUUACUCCUGAGAGCAAACAUCAGGCAAAAUCAAACAUCUGUGCUCUGUAUCCCAGAUUUAACACAGCAGUGCCAACAAUUGUGGGAUCUAAUCUGAAUCCAUCUUUCUGCAUUACAAGUUUGUCCAAAAUAUAUUGAAUUUGUGAUUGUGAUGUUUUAUUGCAUGCAGUUAAAUGUCUUCCCUGAUACUAUUUGAAUGCUAUAUAAAAAUAAUAUGAAAUCAAAAG